AUGAAGGUCUUCGCCAUUCUCUUGAUGAAUAAAACAGUUUUCAGCGCACCAAUUAAUCCUGAUGGUAAUCAACAGUAUUUAAUUCUCAAUUUGAUCAUUUUAAAGUUCAAUUAUUCCAGAUGGUAAUAACAGUAGGGCACCUUUAAACUGUUUUGUAUGCAAUGAUAAUCUACUUAAGGAGUUAGAAUGAACUUUUUUUUUGGCUAGUUCUUCACCAUAAUUACAAUAUCAUAAGCACCUCCUACCUAAAAUGCAAAAAAUGCUACUUUUGCAGAAAAUCGUGACAUUGAAGAUCCAAAUUUAUUCGAGGGUGACAUGAUCCUUACUCCAGAACAGCGUGUUUAUGCCAUAAUGGGACUGGUUUUCUUUGCAUCUAACAAACAAGGAGGCUCAUGGACAGGUCCCCUUUGGCCUCGCGGGGUUUUAGUCUACGACAUUUCACCAGCGCUAGGUGGGCCAUUGUUUCUACCUUUUUCUAGCGGCGCAGGGAAGUGCCACAAUGACCAACCGAUCAAUAAAUGGUUUCUCUAAGUAAUCUAAUAUUUUUGAUACCACCUUUCCUUUAGCUAACUUUACUACAGCAAUGGCGUCCAUAAUGGCGGGAAUGGAUGAAUGGACCACAAAGACUUGCAUCAGGUUUAGAAAACGAACAAAUGAGACGGAUUACGUUUAUUUUACAAAUGGCACGGGAUAAGAAGGGGUUUUUCACUUUCUCUUUUCUUUCUUUCUUUCUUUCUUUCUUUCUUUCUUUCUUUCUUUCUUUCUUUCUUUCUUUCUUUCUUUCUUUCUUUCUUUCUUUCUUUCUUUCUUUCUUUCUUUAAACUUAAUUUCAGAUUCCGUAAGAUUAUCUCAUAUAAAACAGUUUGUAAUAAUAACUGAAAUAAACUGGUUUUGUUGUUGUUGUUGUUUUUCCUGUUCCUGCUCCUCCCUUCUUUUCUUCAGGCUCGGCAAGGGGUUUUUGUAUCCGGGUAUCCUUGCUUUUUUAUUCAGAUAUACGGUAUUCUGGUGUCACAUUACGGAUAUAAAGUAUCUCCGUUUUCUAAAUUGUCGGUAUUUGAUACUUAGGCAGACGUUUAUGUAUAUUUUUUUUUUCACAUAUGAAUCUAUGUUGACACAGUGAUCGAAAUAUGCUGAUCACUGAGAAGUAGGCCAGAGGCUGGCACACGGACAGCGGAGCUAUGGGGAAUUUGCGUUGUUUUGCUUUGGUUUGUUUUUGGUUUGGUUUGUUUGUUUUUUGCUUUGCAAUAGUACUCGUAAUCUUUGUGUUAAAGGAAACAAAAUUUUCUUUGUUAAAUUUACGUUUUUUGCAAAAAAUUACAGAAUGUUGAUAAAAAUUUAUUCAAAACUUUCUCAACGGAUUAAAAGAAAUAAACGCGAUCUUGCAAUUGAUGAUUCCGGAGGCUCUAAAGUUUCAAAAUAUUUCCUGGGAGCAUGCGCGACCCAACCUCAUCAAUCUAAAAUAUGCCCCGCAGUCAAGCUAAUUUUAGGUAUUUGGUAUCAACGAGUUUACAAUUUUAAGGUGGAUUGGUAUCCUGCAUGAGGAAAGAUCGGGUAUAUUGGUAUCCCACAUAGAUGAUUAAAGACUUUUUUUGUUGUUGUUUUUGUUUUUUUGUUUUUUGUUGUUGUAGUUGUUUUUUUUUUUUUUGCCAGCACUAACGACUAAGCUAGCAAAAAAUUUCCCCUCUGUGUACUGUAAUACCGGAUCAUUGGCGAAGAUUUUCAAGAAGGCAGCGCGAGAAAUUCAGCUUCUUCUUCUUCAUUCUAACUGCCAAUCAGAUCCUGCCCGCGCAGUGUUUAACAGCUAAUCAGCGCUGUGACAAAAAUAUGGCCACAACAGCACUGGCGUUUAGGGUGUACGAUUCAUCCCUCGAAGUGAAUUUAUAAAUAUAUUUCUUUUUGCAGGACAUGCUUUGGUUUUUUCCCACGAACAAUCUCGUCCUGAUAGGGACCAAUAUGUUACCAUUUUGACAGAGAACAUAACACCUGGUAAGUACGAAAACUCCUCGAGUGGAAUAGUCGUAAGGAUCGAUAAUGAUGGCGACGUCCACGACGGCGACGACAAUGAUGAUGAUGAUGACAGUCGUAAAAAAAUGUUGUCAAUGUUGAUUAAUCAUCAAUUCCGCUAAGUAGGACUGGAAAUACGAAUUUCACAGAAAAUCAGAAAAGUUCCUCCUUCAGUGUGUAAAUCAUGUUCUAAUGCUACAUGGUAUUUUUAAGCAUUAUUUCUGUAAAAAGAAAAACAAUAACAAAACAAAACAAAACCAUAAAACAAAAACCAAGGACUUCUGUAUCAUCAAAACAAGGUCAACAUUAAACUCGCGUUCAAUUAAAGGUGAGGUUUCUGUUCAAAUCAUCAUCCAACAUUUAUGAAAAGGAGCUAUCAUCAAUAAAGUAAAACAAAACUAAGGGUACGGAUCGACGAGCAGUUCUUAUUUGACAGCUUAAGUAUCCCAUGUACACAUACUACAUCCAGCACGUUGUGUUCAUUUAAUUAAUUAUUUAUUUAUUCCUUUUUCGUUUAUCUUUCCCAGUGGAAGAGCUUAUUCAAUAAAUUGUGAUUGAAACGUUUUUCGUUUUAGGGGCUAUAAACAACUUCAAAAAAUACGACAAAUCAGUUAUUGAUUCCCUUGGAACACCGUACGAUUACGAAAGUGUAAUGCAUUACUCACAGUGCGCAUUCUCUAGGAAGGGUUGCCCACAAUAA